AUAAAUUUCAAAACAUAAACUGUAAGGAAAGUAAGAUCUGCACUUGUCUAUUUCUUCCUGUCUGAAUGAUAACGCGUUUCCUGUCGGCAUUUAAAAUUUUACAUUGGAAAUAAGAUAAAAAUACUUUAAAUUCGGAUCUGGUAAUAUAAACAUAAUUUAUACAUACUAUUCUGCUUGUGAAUGUAUAAUACCUAACAGUUCUUGAUUAUAAAUGAGAGAGAUCUGCUAGUUUUAAAGUGAGUGUUCCUAGAUAGUUUAAAAUGGCAAGAAUACAAUGGAAAUCUUGUCGUACACUAGGAUUAUUUGUUGGUUUAUUUAUUUUGUAUUUAUGUAUUCGUGUCCAGAAUUAUGAGCAUAAGGCGUUUAUUUUUCUUCCAACCACUCAUCCAAACGAAGUAUGGGAAUUUGUAGCUGACUUUAGUAACAUGAAGUAUUUAAAUCCUACAAUUAUAGAUUUUGACAUUGUCGAAGAAAAGGGCAACUAUGGUCAUUGGAAGUAUUCUACAAAAUAUUCAGAAAAAUUAUCUCACUGGCCGUAUUUACCUAAUCAUGCUAUCGCUCAUUUUGAUAUUCAAGGAGAUUCCAAAACACAUGUUUAUUAUAUAAAUUCUACACACAGAACUUGCUUAUUUAUGGGUAUCUACUGUCUAAAUGCCAGCAGUGAAUUUAAAUUCACAAAUAGCAAUUCGUCCAAUGGGGCUGUGUGUGAGGAAUUUGUUCAGUACCAGUGCCCUUCACUUCUGUCAGAAUUUUGCAAAAGAGAAGUCGUUUUUCAAAGGAAAUCGAUUAUGAAUAAUUUGAGGAAGAAAUUUGCAGAACGGAAACACUAAAACUGUAAUAAAUGUAGUAAACUUACCAAAGAAUAUAUUUAACAUGACUGGCAUUGAUCCUGGGAUAUGCUUAAGUAUAAAGUUAAAAGGCAGUGAAAGAUAAAUAACAUUAUUUUCACUAUCAAUAUUAACUGAUUAAUUAACAUGUAUAUAGUUUAUUAAAAUUUAAUAAACACUUUUUCACACUUCAAAG